GAUAUGCUAGUUAUCUAAGGGGAUAAAAUAAACAAACCGGAUAGGACUACAUACAUUUGCGAUGCUGCGUUAUCUAUAUUUAAGCACAUCUUGCUCCAAGGAUGUUAACGCGAGUAAGCUUCUACAAUUUAUCAAACCGUUUACUACUAGCACACUUGCUGAUCCACCCACUACCCCGACAUUUUCUAAAUGCGGCCUUGACGUUAUUCUCCACGUCCACGACAUGAACCGUCGGACUUUCCUCGAGCAUGCACAGUAUCUUUACAGCGUCGCAUUUCAAAACGUCUCCUUUUUCCCUUUGGAUGUCAUACCAAGUUCCAUCGCGAUGGGUGAGGAAGUGCCUUCAGUAAAUUCCACCGCGGAGCCGUGUGCAGCCUCUCCUGGAUUAUUUAAUAUUUCUACUUUAAAGACUAACAAAGGAUUUCAACCUAUUUAUAAGUACAUCGCCUUCGGCGGCACCUUCGAUCGUUUGCACUAUGGCCAUAAACUGCUCUUGGCUGCAGCGGCCUUGUACACAACCGACACCCUCCUCGUAGGGGUGACAGGGAAGGAAAUGAUAAAGAACAAAACGCUUUCUGAAAGAAUCCAAGACGUGGAUAUCCGAAAGGAGAACGUGAGACGCUUUUUAGGGAAAAUCAGGAACGAUCUCGUUCUUCAGAUCGAGAUUAUACACGAUUGUGCCGGCGGAACCGAAUUAAUUCCCGAGUUAGAGGCUUUAAUUGUUUCUCCUGAGACUGUGAAAGCUGUAGACGUCAUUAAUGAGAUGCGACAGACCAAGUAUAAUUUGGAACCGCUUGCGAGCGUUGUAAUUCCGUACGUGCAGGCCAUGGAUGGCCGAGUUUUGAGCUCUACGGAAUUGCGGCUGAAGGGUGUCCCCUUUUGAAUGUUGAUACACUGAUAGUUUAAACCUUAAAUCGUGCUAAAAUUGAUGAUGAAUAUAUUAAAGGCUAAUUUCUUUUUCUGCUUACCUCGUUCACUUUCUGAACAGGUAUUGAUUUUGUUCAAGGUCGAAACACUCACCAAUUCUUCCCCUAGAAGAACAGUGUUAUCUUUAUUUUCUGAUGAUAAUUUCAUUGUUCGCUUGUAAAUUUAUAAAAUGAUUACUACGAGAUGAACUUCCACACGGCACAACUGCUUGAGGUGGACCUCGUAAAUUUAUCCUAGACAUUGUAAACCUGGUAUUCUCUUCUUCCAGGUGUGUUUUCCUACCUUACAUUUUACAUAUGAAAGACAAAAUGAGCCAUGCCUCUUACACGAUUGAGAUUUAUUAUACUAGUCAUCUUCGACCUUUUCUA